AUGAACGACGACCAGACUUCUUCGCCGACUGAGUUGUGUCGACUGACACGCGAUACGGACGUCUGGCUAGAGGACGGCAGUGUCGUCCUAGCCUGCCAGUCAAUCGUAUUCCGCGUCCAUAAGAGCAUUCUAGCAGCACACUGCGGAGUCUUCCAGGAUAUGUUCGCAGUUUACGCGCCGCCAGAGCACGAGGAGAACUAUGAGGGUUGCCCAUUGAUCGUCAUGCACGACAAGCCGCUUGAUAUGCGUCGGUUUCUCAAAGCAGUCAUAUACCGAAACUACGCACGAGAUGUCGCGAAGCUCAGCCUGAGUGAGCUCAGUAGUAUUCUCCGGUUAUCUACCAAAUACUCCUGCCCGUCGCUCAGAGAGGAGAUCAUAUCACAUCUCAAGAUUUUAUUCCCGUUGACCCUGGAAACCUACCAGUCCCAACGUCGAAGGAAACUUCUCCCGCUUGACUUCAAUGGCAUCACUGGCGUUAACCUGGGACGCCAGUGUGACAUUCCCUUCAUCGUCCCUGCGGCAUAUUACGUUUGUUCGGGGGCUCGCGCUAAAAAUUUCCUACACGACGGUAUCAUAUACACUCCCCCCGAUACCGGGGAGCCUGAGCUUGUUGAAUUCUUGGACAAGCAUUACUUUGGAGAUUUCUUAAGGUUUCAGGUUGCUAUGGAAAGCCUUGUACAUCCUCUUGUACACGGCAAGAUUAUAUCGGGCUUUCACUUCUGCUCGACAUGUAAUGCCAACAGAGCUGGAUUUCACCACGUUAUACAUGCAUUGGGCUCCUUCACCAGCAUUGACUUUGAUUUUCUAUCUAUCGUCCCCACUCCUUAUUCGCCAUCAGAUACCAGCCUCUGCCCUACUUGCUGGGAUACUACUAAACUAGUAUAUGGAGACCUUCAGGAUACGAUAUGGUCAACUCUUCCCGGCUGUUGUGGACAGUCAGGUUGGGAGGGGUAG